AUGUCGAAAAGACUUGCAGAGUUCCCAUUGGAGGGUGUCCUUUCCCCCAAAAAGGCGCGUUUGAAAUAUGUCGACAAUAAUAGCAAUGAUCAACAGAUGAUAGAAGCUAGCGAAGAAGAUGUGCUUCAGGACGCUGUAGCUGCGCAAGACAACUCAGAUCUCUCGGAUACCGAUAAAGAAACGGCUGUCUACAGCUACCGACAAAACAAGCCCUUGGAAGGCUUUGACGAUCUUUACCUUGAUACCGUCAACCGCGCAAUUCUCGAUUUCGAUUUCGAAAAGCUUUGCUCUGUCAGCCUUGUCAAUUAUAACGUCUAUGCCUGUCUCGUGUGCAGCAAGUACUUCCAGGGUCGCGGUCCCAAGUCUUACGCUUAUCAUCAUGCGGUUGAUACCGACCACCACGUCUUCAUCAAUCUUUCUGACCAGAAGGUAUGGAUUCUUCCCGAGGGUUAUGAGGUCAAGAGUUCCGGUCUGGAUGAUAUCAAGUUUGUGUUAGAACCGCACUACACCAAGCGUGAUUUGAUGAAGCUGGAUAGCAACACCCAUGGGGUUUAUGAUUUCUCAAACAAUUUGUACCGACCUGGAUUUGUUGGCAUGAACAACAUUAAGGCGAACGAUUACUUCAACGUUGUGAUUCAGAUUUUGUCUCAUGUCACACCUCUUCGAAACUUUUUCCUUUGUCACGAGUUCCCCACCACCGGCACACCUGAACUCGCUCUACGUUUCUCGACCCUUGUGCGCAAACUUUGGAACCCGAAGGCAUUCAGAUCUCACGUGUCUCCUCAGGAACUACUUCAGUACAUCGGGCUCGUUACUUCGAGACGGUUUACUUCUACCAAACAGGCAGAUCCCGUGGAAUUUCUAUCUUGGCUCCUGAAUAAUCUCCACCAGUCACUUGGGGGCUCGAAAAAGCUUUCCACUAAGCGUACUACUGCUGUGCAAUUUGCAUUCCAGGGCCAGAUGCGUGUUGAAAGCCAGGCUAUCACAGCACAGGCCGACGACCGAAAUGAGCGUUUGACGUUCAUCGAUUCUGACGUCAUUGAGAGCAAAGUCGUUCCUUUCUUCAUGCUUACUUUGGAUCUACCGCCAACCCCCCUGUUCCAAUCGGCUGUUAAAGACGAUAUUGUUCCUCAAGUGUCACUGUCCUCCCUACUUCGCAAGUAUAGCGGUCGCACAGCCACUGAAAGAGCGUCUAACCGUGUUAGACAUCGACUAAUUCACCCGUUGCCUCCUUAUCUGAUCUUUCACGUCAAGCGUUUCACGUCAAACAUCUGGCUGUCCGAGCGCAAUCCUACAAUUGUGACUCAUGCUUCGCCCGACGGCCUAAACAUGGCACCCUACGUCGAGCCGAACCCAGACGUUUGGCCUCCAUCUGAGCCCAUCUUUUAUGACCUAGUAUCCAGCAUUACCCUCGAUACUUCCCUUGUUACGAAGGGCAACGUCGAUGAUGCUGUCAAAACAGUUGUCAAUCCCACAACUGGUGCUAAAUCGACUACCGUUGAUCACAAGGUCGCAUGGGUCGCUCAGAUCCGCGAUAAGGCAGUAGAUCGUGAGAAUGCCCGUCAAGACAACGACGAAGAUCGCCCCAACUGGUAUGAAAUCCAAGAUUUGUCCAUUAGAAAGGAUGAAUCCGAAAUUAUCCAGACUCUUUUCACGAAAGAGACCUACUUGAUGGUUUGGGAGCGCCGAAAGGUCCCUGGAAAAGGAAAGGGACCGGCUUCGGAAGCCAACUAA